AUGCUGGGAGACAAGAAGAAGUCCUCUCGUCGGUUGUCGAGUUUGUUCGGAUCGUCUGGGUCGUCCGAGCCGUCAGGGUCUACAAACAAUGCGAAGUUGAGCCCAACCCCUGCGUCAUCAGAGUCCAGCAGCCGCUUGACCAAAGUGCGCAAUCGCCUCUCUUCAGCGACACACCUCACGCCCGAAUAUCCUCCACCCGCCGCUCAGUCACCACGCGCGGUGUCUCUCUCCAACCCCACCAUCCAGCCGGUCGUGCCUGCCGAUCUUGAGCCCCUCGAGCCACCGCCGCCGCUGGAGGUGCCGUCGCGCGCAUCGUCACCAGCCAGUAGCCGACCCGGAACGCCGAGCUUAGACCCAUCCGAAGGAAAACUGAAGAAGCUGCGCAGGAAGAGCGGUCUGUUUGGCGGCCCACCCGGCGGCAUUGAGGGGGUAGACGCUGCGUCUGGCGCACCACAGGGCAAUGCGAGCCCGCUGGCAUGGAUCGUCGGACACAAGGGCAAGGUGCCAUACAACCUGACGUUCCUGCUGAACGGCGAAAAGGUCCCUGAACUCUGGGACGACGCUGGAGACACGUUUGUCUACCUCUUUCCCCGCACCUCUGACAAGGGCCCUUCCUUCCGCAUCGACUCGUCCGUAUACGCAGCAUCGCACCUGCUCACUCGCCUCGUUCAUGGCAGCCUCUACAGCGACGCAAACGUACCCCCGCUCGACCUAGUAGACCGGACAUCGCGACGCGUGUCACGAGAGCCAUUUGGUGAACAGUCGCGGACUGCAUCGCCCGACCAGAGCCAGAUAGGAAGCUCGGAUGAAUCCAUAUCCAAGGGGUCCAGAGCGCUAAGCGACGCCCUGGAGGACGAGUACACGGAGAAGCACCUGUACAUGCCCAUCUCCCUGAGCUCCGACUCUGCCAUCACCCCUCACGAGCCCCGGCUCGACGCAAACGAUACCGACACGUUGGUUACCUACCGCAACUUCUUCGCCUUCCUCAUCGGACAGUCGCUGGUCGCUACCGAGCGUCACUCAGACAUCUUCGACAUCUUCCUGCGGAUUGGAGACAUACUGUCGCACUAUGCCUUUUCCAACGUCGACGGAUCUACCUUUGGCGAGGUUGCUGCGUCGAGCUUUGACUGCUACGUUGACGAAUUGACCCUCGCAGACGUCCGCCACAGCCGCGAGAAGACUAUAGAAGCCAUUGUGCUAGGAGAAAAGUUGCGCUCGAUGGCACUAUACACCGAGGGUUUCGUCCACGCUGCCGGAAAGUACAACAGCGUCAAAGAACUCGACUCGCCUAAAUUUGGCAUGAUCAGCCCAAAGAGUUCUACGCGACUUGCCCGAGCUGCUAUGGAUCUGGAAAACCGCGAGCAAACCAUCAAUCACAAGCUCAAGGACUUUGAGUUUCCGCAUAUCUUCUCUGGCAUUAUGAACAGCGCAAUGGCAAGCGAGGGCAAGGUCAUUAGCUUCAAGAAGUGGAGGGCUGCCUUUAUGACUAUCAAGUCUUUCGUCAUGGACUACUAUAGGCACAAAUACGGCUCAUGGCUACCAAAGGCCAAGUCAAAGAAGAACAACUUGACUACAAGUGGUCUUAACCGACUGGUCUUACUAGAGAUCUAUCGCGACAUGGCUAGUCUGUAUGAUCUCCUCGUGGAUAGGAAGAACUUGACAAACCGUACUGCCGACGGCUUUAUUGCAGAAGACGAAGGAACAGACAUCGAAUCCGUUGUUGCGCGUGCGCUGAGGAAGGUUCUGAGCGAAUAUGACCGCAGCACACCACCAGUCGCGCCACCGAUUCCUUUUGACCUACCACUCUACCCCAUUUCACAGAACGCAAAGACAGGCGACGCGAAGAAAGACGCAAAAGCGCGAGGGAAGAAACUGCACAAGGAUGAAGUCGCCAAGCUACUAAAGCAAUCGCACAACGCCGAUGCUGAACAACAAACACCGUUCCUAGAAGCAUUCCGCACAUUCGAGUUCAAACAAGCCACCGGCUCCAACAUGGACGACAUGUGGGACAUGCGAUCAGGCCAAUGGCUCUUCCUAUACGCCGUAAUCCAGUCCCUACCCAUGUUAGUCGUCGACGCACCCGGCGUGCGCUUCACCGAAGGCGUAGAAUACUUCCUAUGCGAAGUUCCACGCAGCGGCGUCCCCUGGGCCCGAGAAGACACAACCCGCUCGCGAACCUGGUUCGGAGUCGCAGGUGGCGCGCAAGUCGUGUCCCUACCCACCGACGUUGUCGAGCACGGCGUCGAAGGCACAUUCCGCCGCUCGCACUGCUGGAAGAAGGCUCAGCAGUGGGCUGCAGACGAUACUCUGCUCAACGCCGCGAUGCAGGAAUUGAAUGCGAAUGCCUCUCCGUUACCACCGCCGCCCGGUCUUCUUGAUCCUGGUGCGGCUGCUCGUGCGCGAAGUCAGAGCCCGGAUCGAAGGCGGGAAAGCGUUAUGAAUCUCGGGUUGGAGGCGUUGCCGCUGCCGCCUGGUGUUGCGCCGCCGAUGCCCAUGGGCAGCCCGAAUUUGAGACCGGCGAGCAAUCACGAUCCUAACAAGACUUUCGAUGAUAUAUUAGGAACGUCGGCGUCAGACAAUGGGAAGAAGAACAAGAAGAAGAAAUGA